AUGAAAGCAUACUCAUUACAAUCAAAUAUAGACGAUAUUUCCCCGAAUAGUUCAAUAUCUAUUCCUUUUCUUUCACAAAAAACGUUGUCAACAAAUACGUCAAGAACGUUAUGUUCGACAGCGUCACUAUUAUCGCAAGAUGCAAUUGAGCCAAAUGAAAAUAAAUUGAAAUCAUUAAGAAAAUAUAAAACUGAAGGUACGCAAACUAAAUUAUUUGCUAUUCUUCUACCGAAUAGUCCAUUGAGUGUUAUGAAACAAGCAAAAAUUGAAACUCGAACAUUGAUAAAUGUAACACGCACUUGUCAAAUAAAUACUCUUUCGUAUCUAAUUAAAACAAAUGAAAGUCAAAUAGAAAUACAACACUCGUUAGAAAAUGUUUCUAAUAGAAAACAAAUAGUUCGUCCAUCAUCAUCGACGUCAUUUUUCAGCAAUGAAACUCCAUUCAUUGAAAAACUAUUAUCUAAAGAAAACGUUUUUGAUAAUAAAUCAUCGAUGAAAUCAAAACAUCAAAUGUUGAUCGGCUAUAGAAAUCAGAAGCAAAUAGUUGAUGCACCUAACGAUGAAUUCAAAGAAAAACAACUAAAUCACUUUAUCUCGAUGUCAUCAUCACUUAAAUGCAUAAAUGUUUUUGAUAAUAUUGAUUUAGAUGAACCUACUAUUCCAAUCGAUUCCUUGUUGACCGAUGAUAAGAAUUCACCGGUGAUAUUUUCUAAUCAAGAAGCUAGACAAUAUUAUCAAUCAAUGCAUGCAUCCAGCAGCAAGUAUUUUGAAUCACAACUUACGACUCGGAGAAAACUUUUCGAUAAUUCUAAUACUAAUAUUGUCACAUAUUCUAAUAGUAAUAAUAAUAAUAAUAAACAAAUCUCAAAAUCAUUUCGUUUUAAAACAUAUCCCCACCGCAGUCUAUAUCGAAAAAGACAACAAUAUCAAAAUAAAAAACGUAUUUAUAAUUUCCUUCAACGAUUAUGUCGUCGAAAGAACCCAACUAUUAUUUCACAGUUAUACAUUUCUGAACCUCGUCCUUCAUCUCAAAUGAUGCCCACUGAUGAUACUAAUCAGUAUGAAAAUUGUUUAUUAACUACUCAACUUGACACAAUUAAAUCCCGUACAUCAUCUAAUCGACGACAACAAUCUAUUAUUAAUUUGAAUUUAAAUGAUUCUGAUAUUAUGCGUCAAUAUAAAGCAUACGAUCAUACACUCGUUGCUAGAGCAUCAGAAUACUCUGUAGCCUGUAAAAAAUUACAGAAUUUACUUAAAAACAACGAUACUUGCUUAGAAGAACUCCUCGAUUCGCAACUACAAUUAACAUGUAAUAAUGAUUACCGAUCUAUUUGUAUACUUAUUGAUGAUCAUAAACAGUCAGAACACUAUCGAUCAUUGUUUCUUCAUUACAUUUAUACAAGUCUAUCAAGUAGUCUUAAACAGAUCUCUGAAAAUGAUUCAAUACAAUUAACAUGUAUGAAUUUAGCUUUCUUUAAUAAUUCCCUCUGUGAUAUUGUUAACAUGCAACGAUUACGUUUGAUUGAUACAGGUAGAAAAAUAUUCUUGCUACCUGCAUGUGAAAUACCAUUACGAACUUCUAAUGAUAUCGGCAAAGCUUUGAAUCAUCUUAGUAAAAACAUGUCAUUUGCACAUCAAAUAUUAAUCAUUAAUUUUUAUAGCAAACAAUCAUCGCUAUCUGGUUCAUUUCUUUUUCUUCAAUUGGCACCUAUCUGUUCAAUAAGAUCAAAAGGUUUAUUAACUAAUUUAAAUUCAACUACAUAUUCCGUAUUGAAUCUAAUUAGACAAUUAAGUAAUGGUCAAUUAUUCAGUCGUAAUAGAGCAAGACGAUAUCUCUUGAAUGAUUAUUCAAUAAAUCGACUGUUGAAAUCUUAUCUUUUUUCGCCACAACAAACCGUGACUGUUCUUACAAUGAAACCAAAACUUCAAAAUAAUAAAUAA